AGUCAAGUGGAAAAGGCUGGAUAUAGAUCAAAGAUUUCAAUUUCAAGACUUUUUUUUGCUCGCUGUUGGAUUUAGUCGAAAGGUGUAAACUAAACGUUUAAAAUCGUUGAAGCAGCAGCAGAUCUCAGCACUGAUAGCAGACGACUCCCCCCACCUGCCGGCAAUCACACCACGAUGUUGCAGGCUCUCCCGUAUUUUCUCCUGACCUUGACCUGUCUAAUGACCAAGGUCAGCGCUGCCGCUGUCACUGACACGUUCACUGACGAGGAGAAAAGUGACAUCCACCAGUUCGUUAAUGAGGUUAUGCACUGUGCCAACAUCCCCGGCCUGGCUCUCGGCGUCAUUAGAGGAAGCGCCACCUACGCCGACGGUCUGGGUCACGGUGAACUGACCCAGGGGCUAGCGGUCAGCAGCAAUACCAUCUUCAACCUGGGGUCAACGGCCAAGGCCUUGGUGCCGUAUGUCAUGGCAGAUGUCCUGCAUCGGACCAAAACUGACGUCAGUUUGGAGCCCAUCCAAGACUAA